GGAGGAGAGAAACCACAGUGAGAAAACAACACUGCACGGUCGACCGUCCAUUUUCCCAUUUUGUGAAACGAGGAAGCAUGUUUGAUAUUUCUUGAGAAAUAACUGGAAAGAAAAUGGGUAAAUAUAAACCAGGAAUCAAGAAAUCUGAGAAACCAGAACCCGCCAGCCCCUCAGAGGUGAACAUUGUCUUACUGGGCAGGACGGGUGCUGGGAAAAGUGCUUCCGGAAACACCAUCCUGGGAGAAAAGAAGUUUAAGUCGAAAUUUGGCGCCAAGUCCAAGACAAGAGAAUGUAAGGAGGCGACAGCGGUUGUUUCAGGAAGACGGGUGACGGUGCUGGAUACGCCAGGACUGUAUGACACAACGCAUGGCAUGGAGAGAAUUGAAGAUGAAAUACAAAAAGUGAAAGAAUUUUCGUGCCAAGGUCAAUGUGUAUUUCUCCCUGUAAUUGAGCUGGGUCGAUUCACAGAGGAAGAGGAGAAAUCCAUAGAGAAAAUCCUUGGGUCUUUUGCUGAGGAACCCUUGAACAAGUUCAUGAUCCUUUUCACCAACGGGGAUAAGUUAGAGGGGCAACCUAUUCAGGAGUUUCUUGAAGAAGCAGAUGAAAACCUGCUGGGGGUAUUGAACAAAUUUGGCAACAGGUAUCAUGUCUUCAACAACAAAUCCAAACCUGAGGACAGACAGGUUGUGGAACUCUUGAAGAAAAUAGAUGACAUGCUUAUGGGAAUACAAAAUUUUUCGAAAGAGACCAAAGAAUGUUUUACUGGACCAAGAGAACCAAAUGAAAUUGAACUUAUUUGUCAGGAAAUGAAUUUGGAUGGAACAAUGUCUCACGAAGGGGAAGACGAGGAGACAACGCAGGAACCGCGGAGGCUCGUUCUUCUUGGGAAGGCAGGAACUGGGAAGAGCGCCACAGGAAACACAAUCCUGCGCAGAGAUGGGUUUGAAUCAAAAGGUGGGGUAUCUGCAGUCACAAAAGAGUGUCAGAAAAUAGAGGGGGUGGUGUGUGGGAGAAAAGUUGCUGUGGUGGACACACCAGGCUUCUUUGGCAAUACAGGUUCCAAAGAGGAAAUCGCAAAGGAAGUUGUGAAAAGUGUCUGUCUGUCUGCCCCUGGACCUCAUGCGUUCAUUUUGGUCAUUUCUUUAAAUGAGCGUCUCACAACUGACGCCAAGGACACUAUUAAGGAGCUCCACAACAGAUUUGGUGAAGAUUUUAGAAAACACACCAUCAUACUGUUCAGUCAUUUGGAUAAAUUGGACCAGAAUGAGACCGUUAAAGAUCUGAUUAAAUCUGACCCAGAAUUCAAUGAACUCCUCUCUCCCUUUGAGAACAGGAUUCAUGCUUUUGAUAAUAAUAAUAGAAACAAUCGUGGUCAGGUUAAAGAACUGCUCGAGAAGAUCGAUAACAUGGUAACGCAGAACGGGGGAGACUGUUACACAGAUGAGAUGUACAGAAUGGCAGAGAAGACUAUUGCUCCAGAGGCGGAGAGACUUUUCAGAGAGAAUAAGGAGAUUUGUAGAAGAGCUGAGCUUCAGAAAAAGAAUGCCAGUGGGAACAGAGAUUCAUGGAUGAGGCAGGCAGUUCUUCCCUAA